AUGCCCACGAACGACGACCUAAUCACCGCCGCCAACAAGGCCUUCUACGCCCUCACAGCGGCAGAGUACGACCGCAUGGGUCGCGGCAUGGUCGUCGACGUCGCACGCACCAAUGCUGCCAACAUACUCGCCCGCGUUCCCUCCUUUUCACCCGACACGACGGAGUUGAUGGACUUUGCAGCAGGUACUGGGCUGCUUGCUAUGUUCCUCGCUCCUCGGUGCAAGAGCGUCACAGCGGUGGACCAGAGCGAGGAGAUGAUCCGGCAACUGCGGGCCAAGCUCGAGGCGCAAUCUGAGGGGGAGAGGAUCGAGAACGUUGAGGCUGUGGUAACAGAUAUUCUGGAUGGAGGCGACCUGGGAGGAAGCAAGUUCGAUGUCAUCACAUGCACCAACUCGUACCACCAUCUGAGCGACCCCGUCAAGGUAACGCAGGUGCUGGCGGGGUACUUGAAGCCAGGGGGCCACCUGGCCGUGGUAGAUCUGAUCAAGACGGACGAUUCGGCGGAGUUUCACAAUGCCCCUACCACUGUUGAGAGGGAAGAUGGGUCGCACAAGCAGGUCGAACAGUUCGGCAUCGAGACGAAGGACGACCAUCACCAUCACCAUGGACACAGUCACGGCCACGCCAGCCACCAACACACAAACGUCAUCGCCCACCGCGGCGGCUUCAGCCAAUCCGACAUGGAGCACUUCUUCACCUCGGCAAACCUCAAGCUCGUCGACAUGGGCAAGUCCGCUCACUUUGUCAAGGACGGCAAGCGAUACGACAACUUUCUCGCCAUUGCACAGGCGCCUAUGUAG